GCAGGCGCAGGCGCGGGGCUCGGGAAGCUUGGGUGUGCGGCCCCGCCUCAGUUAAGUAGGGCUGGCCUGUACCCUUCAGCCGGCCCGGGUGUCCGGGGCGUCAUCCGAGCGAUGCCCCGGUAUUGCGCAGCGACUUGCUGUAAGAACCGCCGGGGACGGAACAAUAAAGACCGGAAGCUGAGCUUUUAUCCGUUUCCUCUGCGUGACAAAGAAAGACUUGAAAAAUGGCUAAAGAAUAUGAAACGAGAUUCAUGGGUUCCUAGUAAAUACCAGUUCCUGUGUAGUGACCACUUUACUCCUGACUCUCUUGACAUCAGAUGGGGUAUUCGAUAUUUGAAACAAACUGCAGUUCCAACAAUAUUUUCUAUACCUGAAGACAGUCAGGGAAAAGACCCUUCCAAAAAAAAGUCUCAGAAGACGAAAUUAGAGGAUGAAAAUGAAGUAUGCCUAAAAGCCAAGUCAGAAGAAUCAUUUGCAUCAAAUGAGCCAAAGAAAAAUACAGUUAACACAAAUGUGCCCUCCGAAUGUGCAGAAUUACUUGAUUCAUCUGGUUUGGUGAAGCCACCAGCUCCAAAAACAGAAAGUAUACAAAAUAAUAUACUAACUCUUAAUCUGGUUAAACAAGUUAUUGAAAAACCAGAAUCUACUUUGGAAACAUCAGUUAACCAAGGUAUAGGUAUAUGUGGUUUUCACACAUCUUUUGAGAAUAUAAAUUCUACAACUAUUACUUUGACAACUUCAGAUCCAGAAGAUAUUCAGCGCUCUUUGGGAACCCAAGAAGUGUUUGAAAUAACUACCAAUCAUAUUGCUAAUCCAAAUUUUACAAAUAAUUCCAUGGAAAUUAAGUCAGCACAGGAAAAUCCAGUCUUAUUCAGCACAAUUACUCAAACAGUCGAACAAUCAAAUGCAAAUAAGGAAUCUGUUAUUGCCAUUUUCGUACCUACUGAAAAUUCUAGACCUACAAUUAAUUCUUUUAUACCCGCCCAACAAGAAACCAUGGAAAUGGAGGACAUAGACACGGAAGGCUCCUUAUAUAAGGAUGUCGACUAUGGAACAGAAGUUUUACAAAUUGAACAUUCUUACUGCAAACAAGACAUAAAUAAGGAACAUCUUUGGCAGAAAGUUUCUAAGCUACAUUCAAAGAUAACUCUUCUUGAACUACAAGAGCAACAAACUCUAGGAAGACUGAAGUCUUUGGAAGCUCUAAUAAGGCAGCUAAAACAGGAAAACUGGCUAUCUGAAGAAAAUGUCAAGAUUAUAGAAAACCAUUUCACAACAUAUGAAGUUACUAUGCUAUAAAGACGUUUUAAAGCUAUAACUUUUAUAUGUUUUUUGCAGCCAAACCAAAUUAUACGUAAAGUGAACUUUUUCCUGUAUAAAUUUCUCAUCUUACUGAAGCUAUGAAAGUGCUCUAAUGUUAUAUACUACUACACAUUGUUUUUGUAAUGCUCAUUUUUGAGAAAAAUUAGAGAAUUAUUGGUUGUUUAGAAAAACUUUUAUUAUAUGAUUAUUUUCUAAGUUAAAGUGAAAAUACAAUAAAUAAAUAAUGUGAUUAAGUCAUUAAAUAAGCAAAUACUGUGAUGGUAAAAAGAGCCCAGAAUAGAAGUCAGGCUCAGGAAUCAGUCCUAGUUCUACCAUUGGCAUAUAGCUCGGGCAAGUUCCUUAUGAAGCUUGAGCCUCAAUCCCUAGUCUAUGAUUAUAAACAAAGCCAUUUACUAGAUCUCUGAUGUAGUAUGUUUCUUUAUAGCUCCUUCCCUUUCUAUAAGAACACUUUUAACAGAACAGGUUUUCUAUAUUAUAGUCUGUGCUUCAUAAUACUAUAAGUUGGCUAGAACCGGAUAUUGCUAACUAUUAGAAUAUCCUCAGUAUUUAUUAAAUUCUGUGUUUAACCUUUGGCUAUAGUUUUAUACCUGUAAUAUAAAAGAUAAUACUUCUUUUGUCAGUUUAUUCCAGUUGAACUAAAAUAAGGAACCACCCAUUAGCCCAGUUCUUAGGAGAAGGACUUCAAGCUUUAAAGAAUAUGUAUUUCAAUACCUUAUAUAUAAUUAACCAUCUUAAUACAUAAUCACUUGAGCUUUGUAACAUCCUGUAUUUAUAAAGUUAAAUUUAUAAAUAAAUAAAAAAAUGAAAAUGAGGCUAAGUAUAUUUUAGAAAUUAUAGUGUAUCUUCUUAGUAAGUGUAGCUUUUUAAAGUAUGUGCCUGUGUCAUUUUUAAAUUCCAGAAAUAGAGUAAUACUUAUAACCGUACAUUAUCACUUAUGUAUAUUUUACUGAAAUUUAUAAGAAAUUAUAGACAUGUGAUGACCUUAGAGAGGCAAGUAGGAAAGAGAAUUGAUGAUGAUGUAAAUAAAAAUACUGUUUAAAUCCACAAGAAUUUAAGAAAAAUGAAUAUAAAAGCAAAGACUUAGUGGUAAUAAAAUGAAUGUGAAAAAAUGGGCUAUGUGUUCCCUUAAAAUUGUCAGUCAAUAUAAUUAAAUAUACUACUAAAGCAAAGCUUAUGGUGUUGGACAAGUUCCUGUCAGUCUCAUCUGUAAAGCAAAAGACACUAUUUCCUGUCUUAUAUGAUGGAUUUGAGAAUUCUAUAAGGGAACAUGUUUUUGAGCCUGGGAAAUAGGAGGUGCUCAGUAAAUAUUAGUUGACUCUGAACAGCAAAUAGUACACUAAUUGUUUUAUAAAUGCAUAGUGAUUAUUUUCUGCCAGAUUUUACUUAUUUUCUUCAGCCUUAUAAAAUUAAUUGGUAUUAUAUGGAUGUGUGUCAGCUAAUUAUAAAAAGUUGCCUAGAGGUGCAACUUUUAUUGGGAAACUUUUUAUUGGGUAACUAUGAGAAAAAAUAUACUAGACUUUUUUCAUAAAUUAUGUUCAGACAUUUAGUAGAGUUAAUACUAUAUUAUUUUUAAGUGUUCUCAUGCUGCAUUUUGCUAAUACUAAUAAAUUAUACAGAUGAAAGUAAGAACCUUUUAAAAUCACAGUAGUGAUGUAUAGUUUCAGUUCAGUUUUUAGCAGUGUACAUCAUAGUAAUUUUCUGUUUGCUUAAAGUUACAGUUUACUCAGGAAUAAUUUAUAUGUUUAAUUGUAUUUCUUUAAACUUAAUAAAUUUUAAGUAUUUAAGGUA